AUGGUUUUGGUCAAUACUUCUUGCAGAGCGUGCCAGAAAUUCACUCUUGACCGUGGCUUACCCGGACGUGGCGAGGAAGAUUGGGUUCAUCAGAUUGAAGUGCCAUACCGUCGAAAAGAUACUACUCCUGACUUCCCAGGUCUUUUGGCCUCGUUCAAUGAGGGUUGCAACUUUUGCGGGGUAUUGAGAGGUGUUUUCUUGCGCAAGUUCGCCGAAAGCUGCUCAUCAAAGAACGGAGAAGUAAAUAUUUCUGCAAGUUAUGGAUGUCAGUUGGAAUUACCAACUUACAACAACCUGAUAUUCGAAGUGGAUGGAGCUUGGAAAUCCGAGGCGAGUUUUGUCCUGUACGCAGAAUAUGGCGACGGUGGAAACACUGCUUCGAAUUAUUUCGUGGUUCGUCCUGGGUCACGGAUAUGGAAUCAUGAAGCUAUGGAUAUUGCACAGAUUUGGUUAAAAAUGUGCGAAAAGCAUGAUACUUGUCGAGAUAUGACGCCCAGUAUCCUUCCCACAAGAGUUAUCGAUGUCAAAAGCUCGCCUCCUAAACUUGUCAUGGGUAAUGGUAUUAUCGAUAAAUAUGUGACCCUAAGCCACUGUUGGGGAAUAUCCAAAGAUCACCCAUUUGAAGCUCAAUAUACGACUCAAACGUCAACUCUGUCGACUCGGAUGGAAGGGAUGCCCUUGAAAGAGUUGCCCGCCACUUUUAGGGACGCUGUUGUUGCUACUCGUGAUCUGGGGUUUCAGUAUCUGUGGAUCGAUUCCAUUUGUAUUAUUCAAGACUCCAUUCCCGACAAAUCAGUAGAAAUCGCACGUAUGGGCGAUGUCUACGGGAAUGCGGCGUUAUGUAUCUGCGCCACAUCUGGUAUCAAUAGUAAAUCUGGCUUCCUGCCCCCUUAUCCACCGUUGCAGCCAUCAGUCAAAUUGCCUUUUUACACGGCGAAUAACGAACCUGGAUCUUACAUUCUGUUCAGUCAAGAUCUGUACGAAUUACAGAACGAAUUUCCCAUUGAUUGGACGUGGGACAUUCAUCGAAGGAGUAUUUGGGAUACCAGGGCGUGGACUUUACAAGAACGUGUUCUCUCUCCCCGUAUCCUACACUUCACCUGCGGUAGGAUGUAUUUCGAGUGUGCAAAGGGAUUCUUUAUGGAGACAAACCCUGAACAAGAACUCACAGAAAAUGAUCUCGCAGGCUUACGAGUUGAAGCUGGGUUCAUAAAAGCUAGACGGCUCGGACAUCCGUCUGCACUGGACUCUAAAGACCUGAGUUUUGAGGCCCUUGUACGCCUUUACUACAAUCUGGUGGACCAAUACUGUCAACGCAAUUUAUCAUACUCUUCAGACAAAGCAGCUGCUUUUGCAGCUUGCUCUGCUUUGUUUCAGAAACGCCUGGGAUUUCAUACAAAUAUCUUUGGCACGUUUCUUGAGGAUCUCCCCAGAUGCUUGAUGUGGGUCCCUCUCGGAAACUCAUCCCUAGACUCAAGCUGGCCCUCUUGGUCAUGGUGUUCUCACCAACACCUCUCAUUUUACCAAGGCAUUUUCCACAUGGAAAGCUCCGAAGUGCUCCAUACAGACCAAGAGCUUUCCCACCAAUCUAAUCACGAGUACAUUCCUGCAACCGACUCUCAACCCCCAAUACUUCGCCUUCAUGCAUUCUCAAAAGGCCCCGGUAAACUCAUAUGGAAGAAGUCGUACCCCAUGAGCGUCAAGUUUUCGGUCAUGGGCCAUGAAUAUGAUUUAGAACAUACCGAUAUAACGGAAAACUCUGGUACCGGCAGUGAAGACCUCUGGCUUUUGAACUUUUGCAAACUCGGUCUCAAGGCUAGUCCAAUCUCCGGCUUAAUUAUACAGCAGGCUGUAGAGUCAGGAAGCAAUUAUUAUCGCCGAGUAGGAUUUUACAGAUUGAAGACUGCCGAGGAUUCGAAGAAGCUAUGUGAAACCGAAGCGCGGCAGUGGAUGAAUUUAGUCUGA